AUGUAUUUUCUUAUUCAGUUUACAACAACAGGUGAACGAGUGAUUUACAAUGGUAAACAAGGCUCUACUGUUGCUGAUUUAUUAAGAUGGUUAGAACAUCGUUUUCAUUUUGAAUCAAAUUGUAGUGAAAAAACAAAUAGACGUUUAGUAUUAUUAUACGAUAAUACACCAUUGAAAGAAGAAUGGUAUAUAGAUGAUUUAAGCAUAGACUCUGGUGCAACAGUUAAAUGUACUAUACGAGAAGAUAAAAUACCAAAUUAUCGAUUUUUUUUACCGAUAAGAGGUGAAAUGUUUGACAUAUAUGAUGAUAACCUUCAUCCAAUUGAUACAACGAUAAUUCAAAUGAGAAUUAUUGCUAGUAGAAAAACUGGUCUGCCAUUAUCGGCAUUUCGCCUAGUAGUGGAUAAUAACAAUGAAUUAUUUGAUCAUUUUACACUAUCUUCAUAUGACAUAGAACCUCGUUCAACACUCACCAUUCAAACUUGGGUAGGAUGGAGUGAUUUUUAUAGUUAUGCUAUUAAAGGUUAUACAAAAGCCGUAUUAACAUUAUUGAGUCAUGAUGAACUUGUUAAACAGUAUAUGCUUCAAGUUGCCUUAUAUAUCUCAGCUCAUUAUGGCAACGUUGAUUUGGCGCGAGCAUUGAUUAAUAUUGGUGCAAGAGCUGAUAAACCCGUAGGUCAUCAUCCGUCUCGUCAAUGGUGUGCAUCACUAUCAAAACAUCCAGACUAUUUUCGAUGUCCUAUCCAUGAGGCAAUUGAAAGUGUUCAAGUUGGUAUUGUUUUAUUGUUCGGUAGCGUACAAUCAACUAUUCUUCAAAAAACCGAUGGUUAUGGAAUUUCUCCGUGGCGGUUAGCAUUACGACAACAGAAAUCAGAUCCUGUUCUACAAUCAAAACAUCGUGAAAUAGCCUUAUUUAUUCUUACUAAACAAUUUGGUGGUAUUAAAUUAUCUAAAAAUGUGACAAUAACAAGUAAACAAAUGUAUGCAUUAAAAUCAUGGGCUGAUCGUGCUAGAGAAAAAUGUUAUUUAAGAAAAGGAUCACAAUUUAGUUCAUUGAAAAAAAGGCCAAUUAAUGUUAGUGGUCUAUUAGGUUAUAAAUUAUUAAUAGAUGGAUACAACAAUGAUUUUUGCGAUUUUUAUUCAACAGCCGAAUAUGCAAAAGAAAAAGCACGUACUAUCUAUUUUAUAGAUGACCAUGAAAAAUUAAAAGCAAAACAAAUGGAAAAUCAUUUGAAAAGUUUCAACGUUUUAAAUACUUUAUAUACCAAAAUUGCUGGCCAACAACGUCCAGGUAGUCGAACAGGCAAUACAAACACACUCUAUUCAGGAAAAACAACUGGUAGAAAACUUUGGAAUAAAGUGUCGGGAAUAUUUCGAUUAGAAACAUUAUUACUUCGCAAUGUUAUUAAUCUAAUCGAAGUUGGUUUUAUUAGCGAUGGAACAGGUGAACAACAUAAUACAAUUUUGGAAGAGGAAGAUCACAUAUUAUCGAUUAUGGAUGAUGUUAAUGCACAAAUUUCAAUGCAAUCGAUUAUACCGCAUAAUACACCAGAUCAAGAUCGAAAGCAGAAAACUGCAUCGAGUAAACCACGGUCAAAUUCAAGGAUAACAAUAUUUUCUCCUACUAAAGAUAUUCGAUCAUCUGCACAAUCGUCAACUGAAUCAGCCUAUAUUCCAAUACGAAUACGUUUAUUUACUAAUCGUUUUCGUUUAAUCAAAGAAAUGAUGUACAAACCGGAUAAAGAUGGUCGCACACUAAGACAUCUAAGCGGAAAUGAAUGGGCAAAUGUAAAACAACGUGAAAAUGAGUGGCAUACUCAGCGAGCAAGUACUGCUGCCGUUCAAACAGCACCAGUUGAUCCAAAUAUUGCCAGUUUACUUGCUGAGAAGAAGAAACGUAAAUUAGAAGCGGAAAGUACUGCUCCAAGAACACGAAUAAUCAACAAUAAACAAAAAGAACUUGAGAAAACGAAAAAGAAGGUUGUUGCACGAAAAAAGCACAAAAAUCGAACAUCGAUAUUACCGGAAGUAAAGGAGGUGAAAUUACUGCUACCUCGAGAGGCAAAAAAGAUUGAUUAUCGAUUUGUGUUGAGAUCAGAUGAUAAAAUACGACAUGAACUGAUUGGUGAUUGGGAAAGUUCUUCAACUUUAUCAUUGUCUGAUCUCGCUCUGCAAAGUAUGAUUGAAGCAACAGCGUUUACGAAAAAAUCAUGGAUUAAAAAAGUUAAUUUAGGAAUUGAAUUUUCUUUAAAUCAAAGUAAACGAACAUUUGAAUGA